AUGUACUCUACUGGUCAAGUAGCCGGUUUGUGUAAGGCUACACAAACUGACCCGAGGGUCACAUCGCCUUGCGCUUACGGCCAAAUAAGUGGCGGCGGAGACACACCGCAGAUGCCGGUGCACUCCACAGGCGCCCAGCCUUCAGCCGGGCCUCUUCCGCACGGCACGCAGCACCAGCAGGGAGCAGGCCAGCAGCAGCAACAGCAGCCAACCGCACAACAGCAACAGCAACCACAGCAGCCGCAACCACAGCAGCAGCAACAACAACAGUCUCAGCACCAGCACCCGCACCAGCAGCAGGCGCCGCCCCUGGGACACUUGCAAGCCCCCCAGGCCUCAAGCUCCCUGCCUCCUGUCCAAACGGUCACACACGACUUGCAUCCGGCACCGCAGGCGUCGUCCUCUUCACAACAUCAGCAGCAGCAACCGCCGGUGGUGGUGCAGCAGCAGCAGCAGCAAUCUCAGGCCCAGCAGCAACAGCAGGUCCAGCAGGCAACAGCAACUCAGCCUUCACAGCAACAUGGCCAGCAGCACCAACAAUUGGUGUCGGGCCAUCUCCAAGUGCCUUCACUGCCGUCACUGCACAUGCAGCUGCCCGCAGUACAGGAGCCCACGGGGCCGCUGCAAGCCGCUGUCGCGGCGGCGGCGGCGAUCGACGGGGGGGUCAGCGGCGGUGGCGGUGGCGGUGGCGGUGGCGGCGGCCUGGCGCACGAGCCUAGGCAGCCGGGCACUGCACGCAGCCCGCGCACCAAGCGACAUCGCGCCACUACAUGGACGGCCGAUGAGGAGCUUCACCUCGUACUGCUGUACAGCAGCCUGGUGGAGAAGUACGGCGACAAGCGGAAAACGCUUUGGGACGCUGUUUCUGCCGGACUCCGCACUCUUGGCUACGACCGGCGGCCCUCCUCUCUGAUGUCCCGACUGGCCCAGAUGCAGACCAGCUACCGGGCACUGGGGCCGUACCUGGCCACACUGCCGGGCGGGGUGCAGAGGUUCUGGGCGGCUGCGGCGCAUGACCGCAGACGGGUCUAUCAGGCUCUCAACUGCCAGCUGCACCUCACACAGCGGGUGUGGGAGGCCCUGGGGGAGGUCUUCAAGGCCGACCCAGUCAGCGACCACCCAGGAGCCCAGGGAGCCAACACUGGCCCCGGUACCAUGACGCCAGCAGCCGCAGCCGCCGGGGUGGCCACCACCACCACCCACACCACCCACACCGCGGCGGCGGCAGCCGGCGGUCCCGUGGGUGCCAGCGAUGUGGGCGGUGGCGUCGGCGUUCUGAUGGGGAUUGACGCCGACUGCGGCGGCAGCGGCGGUGCCGACCCGAGCAGUGCCGCUGGAAGAGUGGGGGUGCGCAGGUGGCGCAACGGCGACGCUGCAGGCCCUAGUGGCGGAGGUGGCGAGCGCGGCUCGACGGACCACUCUACUGGCGGUGCUGCCGCCACAGUGGCGGCGGCGGUGGCGGCGGCUGCGGCAGCCGCUGCUGCUGCCGCAGCGGAGGUGACGGCAGCGCGCGUCGCCACUGACGUACCGGCCGCGGCGGGCGUUACGGCGUCAACCGCCCCGGUGCCGAGUGGCGGCGUGCAGGAGUUGGAGAGAGUGCCCCCGGAUGCCCCCCCGGAGGAGCGAGAAGGCCGUCCGGCGGUCCUCCACCGACACCAGGCGCGACCACAACCCCAAGCAACGCAUUCAAACGGUGGCGGAAGAGGAGGCGGCGGCGGCGGGAUGGUGGAGGAACAACCGGAGCAGUCCGGCGCGGCGGAGGCGCAGUCGCCACCGCCGCCGCCGCCGCAGCAGCAGCCGCCGAGCUCGCACCCCUAUCACCCGCAGCCGCAUCAGCACGCGCAUCCCAACCACCACCACCACCACCAGCAGCAGAUGCAGGCCUUUAAAAUCCUCCAGGAGGCGCAGCAGGUCGUACAGGCCCAAAUCAAGGCGGUGCUGUCGCCGCUAGUGUCCGGCGGCGGCGCCGUCGGCCCGCCGGCUCGGCCGCUGCUGCCUGUAGGGCCCCUGCUGACCGCCAACCCCCUGCUGGCGGCAGCAACUCCGCUACUUUCCGCGAACCCGCUGCUGUCGGCGCUGGCUAGCGGGACCGCCGCGCAGCAGUUCACAGCUACAGCCGGACAAGGUUCAGCCGGCGGCGCCGCCCUCGGGGGGCCACUGUUCAGCACGUCCAGCGGCGGCGGCGGCGGCGGCAUUGGCGGAGCCCCCGGCGGUAACCCCAGUCGCGGACUGAGUGCCGUACACCCGGGGGCCGCCGCCGCUGGGGGGGCUUUACCGGGACACGCCAUCGGGGCUGUGCCGCUUGCGGCAGCUAUGACCACACCGCGACGUGAUGUGGUUGCGGUUGCCACGGCGGUGCCAGAGGCUGUGGGCAAGUUGGAACCGGUCAGCGGUAAUACCGCCGCCGCCGCCGGUGUUGUGGGGACUGACGAGGCCCUCCUCCCUGACCCGGUGCUGCUCUCCUCCAUCGCCCGAAACGUGUCUCUCAAGCUGGCGGAGGCGGACCUUCUGUUGGGUCGCACCAGCGCGGCGGACACGGAGCGAGUUCGCGGCUACCUGGCACUCAUCUCCGAGUGUCUGCACCUGCUGCCCGUCAUCCGGCGGCAUUCGGGGCUUCAGGUGGUUGCGGCGGUGGCGCAGGGGCAGGGCCAGGCGGCGCAGGUGCCUCCGCCUCCGCCGACACUGCAAGGAGAGGCUUCUGGUGGGGUUGGCGGCGUGCUGGAGACCGUAGUGGAGCGGCGGCGCAAGGACCCGCAGCAGCAGCAACAACAACAACAGCAACAGGAGGAGGGGGAGGGGGAGGAGGUACAAGCGGAGCUGCCUCCUCCUCCCCCUCCCCUUCCAGGGCUUAGGGUGUUGCAGGUACCCGACCCCGGGGACGACAGCGUUGGGGGUCCCGGAGAGAGAGGGGAGGAGGCGCCGUCACCGCAGGGUAGCACCCAGCAGCAGCAGCAACCGUUGUUGUUGCUUCCCGUUUCAGAGCAGCCGACGCGGCUACAGCCCCUGGGUCACCACCUGGGGGUUGUUCCACCGGGGCCGACGGGUGGGGGACCCGGGGACGUGGCGGUACAGCUUCAAGGACAGCCAGAGCACCCGCUGUUGCUGCUCCAGCCGUACGGAUCUGGGGUGGCUGCACAGUCGGGAACGGUGGACGAAGAAGACUCGCCACGCCCACCACUCCUGCCACCACAGCAGCAGCAGCGGCAGCAGCAGCAGCAGCAGCACAGCCUCUUGCAGGUCUCCCGCGAGCGCAGUGGCGGGGCGGCGCAGUUAGACGAGGAACAGCGGCAACAGCAGCAGCAGCUGCAAAUUGUGGCGUCGCCAUCCGGUUAG